UCCGGUGUGGGCGGGGCCUGUACCGGAAGCGCGUGCGGGAGAGGCCGCGGGGCCGCCGGAAGCGUCGGGAUCUCCUCGCGACUCCCCCGGGCCCUCCCGGGCUCCCCGGGACCCCCGAGCCCCCCGGCCGCCAUGGCGGGGCAGGAGCAGGAGCCGCUGACCUUCGAGGACGUGACGGUGUUCCUGAGCCGGGCCGAGUGGGACGCGCUCCCGGCGGGGCAGCGGGAGCUGUACCGGGACGUCGUGUCGGACACCUACGAGCUGCUGAGCUCCCUGGGUUAUCCAGGCCCCAAGCCCGACAUCCUGCACCGGCUGGAGCGCGGGGAGGAGCCAUGGAUCUGCUCAUCCUCCGAACACGCUGGGAGCUGGCUGGAGGAGCCCUCCUCUGGCUGGUGGCCUGGAGCCAGCGGGUACCAGGGGCUGGAGACCUCAUGUCCAGAAGUUGGGAUGUGGAGUUUGGGCAGUCCUGGACCGGGAAGAUGGAAUAUUCCUGUCCCUGCUCCAGCCAGGAAGGAUCCAACCCCUUCCCACCCUCUCCCAGCAGAGUGCAGCACGUUGUGCUGUCUCCAGGAUGGGAGGAUCCUGAAGAGGUUUGGCUGUCACAAGGGAAGGAGCGAAUUCCCGUCGAAAGCAGACAGUGGAGUGGGGAGCCAAACCCAGCCAUGGCUUGUGAAGGAGGAAGUGGAGGAUAAACCUGAAUUCAUGGAAAACCUAACCUGGAGUGAGACGUUGCUGCUUCACCCUGAGACGGAACAGCAGAGCCUGGAUCCUUGGGAACAGCUGUGGGCUGACCCCGGGGAGAGGAACCACUGGAACGCCCAAAACCUUGGACACACCUUGGGAGAGGUGACGCUCCUCCCGGGAGCCUGGGAGCCGCGCGUGGAGGACCUGAGAGCGGCGGUGGCGAAGGACCACAGCUACUGCCUGCGGAGCGAGCUGGGAGCGCGCCGCGCCGCCAGGCCCUGCUCCCUGCGGGAACACGACUACUGCUGGCAGCACUGGGCCGGGCGGAGCUGCGGGGCCCGCGGGGCCGGCGCUGCCUGUGCCGCGUGCCGCCAGCUGGUGCGGCAGCGAUCCGGCCGCGGCACGGCGCUGCGGAGAGCCAGGGAGAUCCUGCGGCGCUACCGGCCCUACCGGAGGUUGGCGUUUCUGUGGAGAGGCUGCUCUGGCUGCUGCGGCGCGGUGCAGGAGAGGAACCCUGGGGCUCGGGGGCCACGCGAGCUCCGGAGCGCCAGGAAUGCCGAGGGAGGGACAUUGGACACGCCGCGUGCCCCGGAGGGGAUUUUGGGAACUGGGGGUUCAGCCUCUGCCCGAGGCCGGGCUGCAGGGGUGAGGAGGAGAGCGAAGCCUCUGAAGGAUCCCGGUGCCAGCAGGGAGUUUGAAGGAUGCGUGAAAGCCCGGAAAUCCCAGGGGCUGUCACUCCAGGACGUGGUCCGGGACGUGCUGAAGGCGGUCGAGUACAUACUGGACUCCAUGUGCCAGAAGUUUGAGCUCCAGGGGCUCUCCCAAGGGAAGAGCAUAUGGCCCAUCGUCAUCCAGAUCGACAACUUGGGGGAGAUCGGGAAGCCCUGACUGGCGGGGGGAAACUGGGAUUGCAUUCCCUGAGGCACAGCACUCAAUCCUCCCAGUCCCAGGGGUUCAGGAGGAGAGACGUGGCAGAGGCAGAUUGGGGGAGGUAAGACUGGCAAUGUGGGGCCAACUGGGAUUGAUUGAGAGGCUUUAGAGAAAGGGGAGGAUCUGUGUGGCUCAAAGGAGGAAAGAAGGAAAGGUUAGCCUGAGAUCCUGAAAUUCUGGAAUGGCUUAGGUUGGAAGGGAUGUUAAAUCCAUCUUUAUAAACCGGCCAGGGUUGGGCCGUGCUCCUGUCACUGAAAUGAAAGGAAAAACAAAAACCCUCCAACAACACCUUUUGUGUUGGAGAACCAAGGCAUUUCCUUAUUUCUGGCUGGGAUAUGCAACAGAAAUUAUUUCACCCAAACAUGGCCUGAGUGUGCAGAGAAAAUUAUUCCUGGACACAUGAAUUUUACUUGAUUUUUCCCCAUAAUUUAUCCAGUCCAAAACCCCUAGAAAUCCAUUGGUUCAAUGCUCACUGGUCUCAAAUUGCAGAGUUCUCAGAAUUUGGUUUCUUCUUGGACCGGGAUUUCUUUGUCUCUGAUGUUAAUUGGGUCCUCAUUAACUGAUUUCUCUGCCCAGUCCAGUCCAUCUCUGCCAGAUGCCCAGUCCAGGGGGCAGCAUUUGGGGUGGAUGGUCCUUGAUGUUUGCUGAUGGUCAUUAUCAUUUCAGGUGUUUUGGGGGCUAUUCCCAGUCUGUUGAGAUGUUGACACCACUAGGCCUCACAGACUGGGACAAUAAAUACCCUCAAAUAAACCCUCCUCUAAUUCCCUUCCCCAAGGCAAUGGCAAACUGAGCCUGGCUAGAGAGAAGAAAUAAAAAAAUUGUAAACUUUGUAUAUUUGCCAACACUCCCAAGGAACAGGGACAGGAGAGAGGGAACAGCUUCGAGUUGUGGCAGGGGAGGCUCAGGUUGGGUUGGGUGGAGGGGUGGAUGUAGGGAAGGGCAAAGGAAGGCUGGGUUCCAGCCAUGUGGAAGUGUUUUCUUGGGAAAUCCAGCCUGGCCUGAAUUCCCAGCAGCUUUUUGAGCCUCUGGAAUUGGAUCAUCACAAGGAAAAGGUGAUUUCUGGGAUGUUCCCAGUGCCCUCCCAGGGGCCAGGUGCUGUUCUGGGGACAGAAGGAGGCUCCAACAAAUGGAAGCAAAGCGAGCACCGUGGAUUCCUUCCCUUCCCCAGUUUGCCGUGUCAGGGGCGGCACGUGGAAAAUCUGGGAUGCCGGGAUUAGGGACGCUCCCGCCGUGCCUGGGGCUGGUUUUGGCAUUUGGGGCUUUCUCC